AUGCCCUGCAUGGCCUGCCGGGACAGGUGGCUUCUCACACGUGGGUCCUCUGCAGCGGGCCCCAGGAGUAUCACUGGUGAGACUGUGUGGCAAAGCAGCUCUCACAGGCUCGCCCGAGGAGGGUGUUCUGGGGCUGGAUGCAGUGUUGCCCUGCUGAAUGAGACAGAGUCGGUGUUGUCGUACCUUGAUAAAGAGGAUACCUUCUUUUACUCCUUGGUGUAUGACCCUUCAGUGAAAACAUUAUUAGCUGACAAAGGGGAAAUCAGAGUGGGACCAAAGUACCAGGCCGACAUUCCAGACAUGCUACCAGAAGGAGACUCAGAUGAGAGGGAACAAUCAAAAUUGGAAGUUAAAGUUUGGGAUCCCAAUAGUCCACUUACGGAUCGACAGAUUGACCAGUUUUUAGUUGUAGCCCGUGCUGUUGGGACGUUUGCCCGCGCCCUGGAUUGCAGCAGCUCCGUGAGGCAGCCCAGCUUGCAUAUGAGUGCGGCUGCAGCGUCCCGAGACAUCACCUUGUUCUAUGCCAUGGAUACACUGUACAGGCACAGCUAUGACCUGAGCAGUGCCAUCAGUGUCCUUGUGCCACUUGGAGGACCAGUCCUGUGCAGAGGUGAGAUGGAGGAGUGGUCGGCCUCCGAAGCCAGCUUGUUCGAAGAGGCUCUGGAGAAGUAUGGCAAAGACUUCAAUGACAUCCGUCAGGACUUUCUCCCGUGGAAGUCCUUGACGAGCAUCAUUGAAUAUUACUACAUGUGGAAAACUACUGACAGAUACGUGCAGCAGAAACGCCUAAAAGCAGCCGAAGCCGAGAGCAAACUGAAACAAGUAUAUAUCCCAACUUACAAACCAAAUCCCAACCAGAUAUCCACCAGCAAUGGCAAGGCUGGCACUGUGAACGGAGCUGUGGGGGCCGCGUUCCAGCCCCAGAACAUCCACCUCAGCUUUUUAGACAGAUUCUCUCACCCAAAUCCCUGCUGUGUUUGA